CGGGACCCCCCCCAGUCCCCAGAGGAUGCUUUGAGGAGGGGACAGCGAGGCGUCAUCGCGCCGUCUGCCUGCAGGAUAAAUAACUGCGUCGGGGAGCUAAACCAGAAAUAUUUCAUCCAGUUCCUCUUCUACGCCGGGCUGGCCAGCGCCUACGCCGCGGGGCUGGUGCUGGUCGCGUGGCUGGGGCCAGCGGGAGGAGACGGAGCCGAAAACCACGUCCAGACCGCCCACUGCAUCGUCCUGCUGCUGGAGUCCCUCCUCUUCGGCGCCUUCGUCACCGUCGUGUUCUACGACCAGGUCGUGUCCAUCAUCACGGACGAGCCGGCGCCGGAGCAGCUCCGCAGCCGGGGGCUGAAGGAGGCGAAGCGGCCGCGGGGGUGUCGCGCCAAGCUGGCGCUGCUGCAGGAGGUGUUCGGGAGGGGCUGCGUGCUCGGCUGGCUCUUCCCCUGCAGCUGCGGCACCCCGGCCGGCCCCGCGUACACCCCCCUGCCCGCCUGCGACAUCUGAGCCCCCCCCCCCAGAAUUGCCAGGGGACGGCAGCACCCCCACCCCUGGCCACCUUCCGGCACCGUGGGGGGAAUUCUGGCACCCCAAAACCUGGGCAGCCCGGGGAGGUCCCGUCCGUGCACCCAGGGGUGCCAGACCCUGUGGGGUGCCAGGUGGAGGAUUUUCGGGGGGGGGGGGCUGGCACCCAAUAAAGUCCCUUUCUAUGGAA